CGGAGGGUCUUCAUUUCAAACGGACCCGUGCUAAAAUAAACUCCACGCGUGUCGGUCAGGAAGGCUGGUCUCUGACGUGACAGCAUGAGAUUAACAGGUCAGGUCAAGAGAGGAGCACAUUGUCCGUCUGCUGGCAGGCGCUCUCGCUUUAUUUAUUAGCGUCAGCAUUUUCUCACCACACGCUGAAAUGCGCGUGCUCUUCCUAGCCUGCUUAAGUCCUAAAACAGGGAACUGUACCACUGCCGAAAGAAUAAGAAAUCACAUCAUGGCUGCAGGACAUACUUGUGUACUGUAUGAUACAAGAGAGUUCAAUUCUGCCUCUGAUGUAUCAUCCCUGAUGACGCAAGAGCCACGGUUCGAGGCUGCGCUGGCCAUUCAUCUUUUCAAAGGAGGCAGGCUUCUUUUAGAUCUUGGAGUGCCGUUUGGAGUGGUGUUUGGAGGGACGGAUGUCAACGAGGAUGUAAAGGAUGAGCACAAGCGAGCUGUGAUGGAGGAAGUUUUGCACAAGGCCAGGUUUGCUGUAGCGUUCACUGAUGCACUGAAAGAACAGGCUGAGGCGCUCCUGGUAUGUGAGAGCAAGAUCUAUGUUCAGCCUCAAGGGAUUGAGACCAAAGUGGCAUUAAAUUUCAGCUGGAGCGACUUCUUACACUGCACAGGUGUGCGUACCAAGCAAGUGGAAAAUCUACAUGUGUUUCUGCUGGUAUGUGGACUCAGACGAGUUAAGGAUCCUCUGUAUCUUUUAGAAGCUUUUGAAGAAUGGCACAGUCAGAACCCUCUAGUGGUCCUCAUCAUCAUUGGUCCAGUGAUAGAUCCAGUGUUUACCGCAGAGGUUGAGGAGAGUGUCAAGAGAUCUGUUGGAGUGUUUCUGGCGGCUGACUUGAGUCAGGAGGAGCUGCAUGCUGCCAUGCAGAAAUCAUUUGCCCUGGUCAACUCGUCUCUUUCAGAGGGAAUGUCUGCUGCCAUCUUAGAGGCAAUGGAUUUAGGUUUGCCUGUUUUAGCGAGGGAUAUUCCUGGAAAUGCUGCCAUAGUUGAGCAUAAGGUCACAGGACUGCUGUACUCAAGCCCUCAGGAAUUUGUAAGCAUGUCCAGAAAACUUCUGAAUGACCGUGAGCUCCAGGAAAGACUGGUGAGAAAUGGAAAGAAUUACAUUACAACAUGCCACAACUCAAUGAAGGAGAGAAUAACCUAUCAGAAGCUAGUGGAGACUCUUCAUUGACAGUAUGAUGGGAUUGUCUCAGGUCUUUAAGAACUUUUAAAAAGGUGAGGGCUUUGUGCCAUAUCUAGAGCUUUGGAGUCUGUAUUUUUAUAUUUCAGUUGAAAUGGAAGCCUCUCCCAUGACUGUAGGAUAUUUUUUUCUGGAAUAGGAUAAACCAGAAAAUAUUGUAUGUAUAUUUAUAGGAAAUGUCGACUUCUUAUGUUUCAUUAAGUAUUAAAAGGACACACAUUUUAAUAUACUUGGGGCAUAAAUUGAAAUUUAUGAGGUCUUGGAACAAGGACUGGUGAUGGAUCUGGCAGUUUUUUUAUUUUUAAAUCAUGCACUCUUGCUGUGCGCACAGACAGCUAUGUUUGCAGGGUGUUUGCGUUCUUCUUUUGUUGUAUCGUGAUGCAGUGCCAGUGUUUCUACAGUUUCUACAGUUUUCAGUGCUUGUUACUACAGUUUUCUGGGCUAAAAGAUCUGCUGACAUUAUUUUGCUAGCAAGAAAGAGUCCUUCUCUUAAGAGGAUCUCAGCUUAAAUUAAACAGACAGCUUGCAUUCAUGUGCGCAUAUGUGAUAGGAAGGGACAGACUAGACAUAUGACAAACUAAACAUGGCUAAAAUUUACUAUACUUGAUUUCUCUAAACAAAAGUAAAGGGAAUAUAAUUUUCCAGAGGCUUGUGGGAGAUCCACUAAAAUAGAUCCAUCCAGCUUGUUCUGGCACAAAUUAUGCACUGCUUUUAACUGUAGUAAACAUUGAAACUUUUAAAUUGUCAAGGCCUAAGAUUUGCAGGCUAAAGAAACUCCAGAGACAGUUUUCUGUCAGUCAUAAACUGCCAAACUGAUACAUCUCUAAAGCUCGAAUGAAUAACAGUGAUGUUUUAUUUACAAUAAAUAAAACAAUUGUUCUGAUGGGCACAUUUUACUCUUGGUAGGAUUUUUAAUUUAUUCAUGAAAGUAUCUUACGGUUUGUGUUUGAAGGGUUUGCUAAACAUAAAAUAUUUAUUGUGUAACUAAGACUGUAUGUUUCAUAUCUUAAUCCAUGACAUUGUAUGAUUGUAUCUACAUUUACAAAUUUCAUAUAUAGCACAAUAAAAUGAAAUAAAAAAAAUUUUAUACAAA